UCUGGGAAGCGUAGUCCAGAGCCACACCAGCCAUGGACAAGAUGUCGUCCUCUUGGAGGCUAGGCUCAGUCUAUUUCUGAGCGGCGCCUGUGAGGUAUCAAAGAAGUCCCCACUCCAAACAUCCCACCAGGUGUGAGCUUAUUUGGGUCCAAGUGACAACAAUCUACCCAAAGAAAUCCCAAAACCCAAGAAGAGGCGACCAAGUUUGCCCGAGGGAGACAGAUAAACGACCCGCAAUGCCUUGUGGGAAGUGUAGUCCAAAGCCGAAAAGCAGUGUUUGCAGAUAAUAGACGACGGCUUGUCCCGGCUUCGGUGAACAAACCCCGGAGCGUCGCGGAGACUUCUGGGAGUGCUCGCUCGCUCUCGGAGUGCGCAGACGCAGGCCAGCGAGUGGACAUUUUGGUCUUUGUCCGCGGGUCAGCACGGCCUCUGGGUCCACGUGGCGCCAAAGUAGGAGAAGCAGCUGGGAAAUGACAAGUACAUAGAGCGACGUCCAGAUCUGGGAGAACAGACUUUGCUUUUUAAAAGGCAAAACAUUUUCAAAGCUUCAAGCUUUGAGCUUGAAACACAAUUCAGAUUUAAACAGGAAGUUGUAUGGGAAAGAAUCAUCUGUUUUCAGAGUUUGGAAAUCCUCUACCAUAGCCUACUCCUCCUGGUAAGAACAUCUUAUAAUAAGUAGAGUCCAGUGUGGAAAUGCCUGCAGUUUAAACACUGCCCCAUUUGUUAGUGGCGCACACAGACUAGAGGAAAAGCUUAUGAAUUUACCAACUGUGGGGAAGCAUCUACUCAAGUGUCACAUCUCACUGAAUAUCGAAGUCAUGCUGAGAGGAAGCCCUGUGUUUCUAAGGAAUAUUGAAAAGCCUUUAGCUAGAUGACAGAUCCCUCAACAUCAGAAAAUUCAUGCUGGAGAGAAACAAGUGAAGUUUGCAAAAACAACAUUGACUGUCAGAAAACUUACAUUGGGAAGAAAGGUUUAUACUGAUAAAGUUCUCUUAAACCUUGUCCCUAACUCUGCAUCGGCAUGAGAGGUCAGACACAGAAGCCUUAGAACUAUAAGAAAUGUGGAAAUAUCCUCAACCAAGAGUAAGCCCUCAGUUCUCAAAAAUUUCAUAUUGGAGAUAAACCUUGUGAAUGUGAUAAAGCUUCCAUUCAGAUGUCACACCUCAGUCAACAGAGAAUUUUAAGUGGGGGAAGCCCCUUUGCCUGUAAGGUAUGUGGGAAACUCUUUAGCCACAAAUCAAAUCUUACAGAGCAUGAGCACUUUCAUAAUAGAGAGAAGCCUUUUGAAUGUAACGAAUGUGGAAAAGCCUUUAGCCAAAAGCAAUAUGUCAUUAAGCAUCAGAACACUCACACUGGAGAGAAGCUUUUUGAGUGUAAUGAUUGUGGAAAGUCCUUUAGCCAGAAGGAAAAUUUGCUUACCCAUCAGAAAAUUCACACUGGAGAGAAACCUUUUGAGUGCAAAGAUUGUGGGAAAGCUUUCAUUCAGAAGUCAAACCUCAUCAGACAUCAGAGAACUCACACAGGAGAGAAGCCCUUCAUAUGUAAGGAGUGUGGGAAAACCUUUAGUGGCAAAUCAAAUCUUACUGAGCAUGAGAAAAUUCACAUUGGUGAGAAACCCUUUAAAUGUAAUGAAUGUGGAACAGCUUUUGGCCAGAAAAAGUACCUCAUAAAGCAUCAAAACAUUCACACUGGAGAGAAACCCUAUGAAUGCAAUGAAUGUGGAAAAGCCUUCUCUCAGCGAACAUCACUUAUUGUGCACGUGAGAAUUCAUUCAGGUGAUAAACCUUAUGAAUGCAAUGUAUGUGGAAAAGCCUUCUCUCAGAGUUCAUCUCUAACAGUGCAUGUGAGAAGCCAUACAGGUGAGAAACCCUAUGGUUGUAAUGAAUGUGGGAAGGCCUUUUCUCAAUUCUCAACCCUGGCCCUGCAUUUGAGAAUACACACAGGUAAAAAGCCUUAUCAGUGUAGUGAGUGUGGGAAGGCUUUCAGCCAGAAGUCACACCAUAUUAGACACCAGAAAAUCCAUACUCAUUAAAUGCUCUGUGAAUAUCUUCAAAUGGAGAAGUGUUCAUUAAGAAUUUGCACCUCAUAGUGCAUCGUGUAGUUAUUCUGAGGCUAAGCACCACAAAUCAGCCAAACAUUUAACAUAAAAUGUCAUAAACAUCGGAGAAUUCAUACUGAAGGGGAAGAAGUUUGUAUGAUUAGAAGCCUGCACUCAACGAACAUAACAGAAAACAAAAGUAAUGCUGAAACUUUAAACACAGUUAUCUACAAUUGAGAGUGGAAAACAAGCCUGAUGCUGCUAACAGCACAGAUCUGGAAGUCUUCACCAGUCUAAUAAGUAAGUUGUGUUAGAAGAAACAAAAUAAAUUAUAUUGUCAUACAGUAAUAUGUAACGUAAUUUCAAGAGGACAGAAAUUAUAGAAUGAUAACUAUGCAUUAUAUGAAAAGAAUUACUUCAGAUGAACACCAAGACUAUGGAGGCAAAUUGUUCUCUGAGAAGCAAAGCUACACACCGCAAACUAUCAACAACAGUAAAAGUAAGAUACGUGGAAAUUGAAAGCAGAAAUAUAAAAUGCUAUACAUUGUACAAGGCAUGACCUUGGGAGUGGAAAAACAUUCCUUGUAACAUUUGAAAAUACUUAGUAAUUCUCAUGAGUAAUUAUGCUCCGGAGGUUAGGUACCAGGAAAUUUACCAUUUAUAGUAGCCAACUAUUAGAACUGACCCACCUGUUAGGAAUGGAAUGAGAAGUUUUUAGGUGGACUAUUACACAGACAUCCGGCAGAUGCAGUGAGGUGUGUGUAACUGGGCAGAUUCUGGAAGUGACGUGGGGAAACUCAAGUGAUUGCAGAGUGAUGCAUAUAGGACAUUGACUGUCAAGUUCACUUUCCUUCUUGAAACUCAGCUUAUCGUGGUAUAAAUACAUAUAUGUAUGUAAAUGUUCGCGAUGCAUCAGAAGAAUGCAGACCCACUCCUGAGUAAGAGUGAAGAAGGGAAGGGAGUGAGUGGGAGGGGGGGAGGGCCCAGCUUUUUACAUAAGCGUUCAUUCUCUUAAUGACUGCAAGUAAAUAUAUGAAGAUGCUGGCUAACUUUCAGUUGUGUUAUAUGGAUAUCAUGUCUUAUUUUUUGUACUUUUCUGUAUUUUUAAAAAUAAGAAUGGAGGUAAAGGUGGGAACUCUGUACCUGUAGAAAUGUUAUAGUCGAUUAAUUCCCAAUCAAAUACCAAGCUUUUAUAGAAGAUAUUUCUAAAACUUUAACAAUGAGUGGAUGGACUUGACACUCUAUGUAAUGAAAUUAUCUAUUUUAUUAAAAUUUAAAGUGACAGCAUA